UGAUGUGACAGGACAGCAGGGAGACUGAGAGAUGAAUGAAUAGAGUCACUGCAGCAGUGAGGUCCCAUGCAGAGUUGUGCAGUUAUGCAAGAAGCAAGAAGAGUCUGUUCCACCAAUAAGGUGACACUGCACUGCAACCUGCCACUCAGCCUCUUCCCAAGAACAACCCCCCUGCCCCUGAAUGAAGGAGACAAGAUACAGAGGAGGAACACAGGAGGGCUGAGCCCCAGCCAAUCAGAAAGCAGCUUCCCUGGGCCAUUCAGUUCCAUACAAAUAGUGAGGCCCAGAGGCUGGAGGAUAUAUGACAGGACACACACCCACAUGUAAGUGCUGACACAAACCUACACAGACCAGGGCACCCACAGAGCUUACCCUCUACUGAGUGCCAGGAAUAUGGAUGGGAAUAACACUUGCCAUGAGGAUGGAGACAUCACCAGCCAGUGUCCUUUGGCUUCUGCCCCCUCUCUACAUCCCAAACUCGUCCAAAGACUUGUUGCCCAAAGCCAUGAAGCCAAGCAGCGAGCCCACUGUCCCUACAGCAAGUUCCGGGUGGGAGCCGCACUCCUGACCAUGGAUGGGAAAGUCAUUCUGGGCUGCAAUGUGGAAAAUGCCUGUUACGCACUGGGGAUCUGCGCUGAGAGAACCGCCAUCCAGAAGGCCGUGUCCGAGGGCCACAAGGAAUUCAGGGCCAUAGCCGUGGCAAGCGAUGUGGAAGCGGAGUUUAUAACUCCCUGCGGGGCCUGCAGACAAGUUAUGAGAGAGUUUGGAGCAGAAUGGGACAUUUAUCUCACCAAGCCCAGCGGCGCCCACAUCCUCACCACCCUGAGCCAACUGCUGCCAAUGUCCUUUGGGCCAGAGGAUCUAAAUAAAGUCUGAGAGAGAAAAACCAACCCCCCAAUUUAUCUAUUAUUUAUUGUCAAUAAACUGAUCAGUAAUAAUCA